GGUUUUAUUUGGUUGUCUGCAGCGUGAGCCAAUAGUAUCUGUCUGCGGCAGGGCGGCCCUGUAAGGAAAAAUACUGUAGCCUGCCCUGUACUAGCCGUAUGCGAGCGAGGUGGUGUGACAGCUCAGAGGUGUCCACGUCAACAUAGCGAACGAAAGAGCACGUCGGCAAUGGAUUCUACGUCUCUGGAACCUUCCCUCUACACAGUGAAAGCUGUUUUCAUUCUUGACAAUGAUGGCAACAGACUUCUGUCAAAGUACUACGACCCUGAGCUUUACUCCUCCAUGAAGGACCAAAGGAACUUUGAGAAGAACAUUUUCAACAAGACUCACAAAGCAGACAAUGAAAUAGCUUUCGUGGAGGGAAUGACUAUCGUCUAUAAGAGCAGUAUAGACCUUUUCCUCUAUGUGGUCGGAAGCUGUCAAGAGAAUGAGCCAAGACCAGAACACUUCUGCAUGUGUGAGCGCAAUCCCACAUCCUCCUCGGACAGAAAAAAUGUGGAGCGUAGGUGUUUUCUUGAAAACAUGGAAGGAGCCUUUCUCAUUGUUGAUGAAAUCAUUGAUGGGGGAGUGAUCCUAGAGAGUGAUGCCCAGCUAGUCCUCCAGAAGGUCAAUUAUCGGGUUGAUGAAAGUUCAUUAUCUGAACAAAGCGUAGCACAGCGGACACGCAAUGGAAAGAUGACACCACAGUCUCCGGUGAGACUCGCUCUUCCCGCCGAGAUAGACAACCACGGGGUGGCGAGACUCAACUUCACAUACAGACGCUAAGUGAAUCACCAGCCACGAUCAUCAGAAGCAAGACACAGACAUUUGCUUUGGCAUGGCGACGCUAAGUGAAUUACCAGCAGCCGGAGCAUCAAAGCGGAGACAAAAGAUACAGAGUUCGCACUAGCACGCUAAAUUAAUUAACUUCCACCAACAGCCAGCCCGGAGGAUCUCGCCAACAAAGGCUUCGCCACCCUGCUUCUCCACUUGGCCAGCCACGCUGGGAGUUUAGACAGAGCAACAGCGACACCCACAGGCGACGGAACGGCACUGCACACGCAGGUUCAUUAAACAGUCUUUACUGGACUUGGCUGGGAGUUAAUAUUUUAAGAACUUUACAAUGAUGCCACUAGUGACUGUAUUUCUGCAAACUUGAAUGUCUGAUGUCGAAUCUGUUGUCAACUGAAACAGAUGAAAUGUUUCACUCCACACCACACAAACACCACAUUGCAAAUAGUAGUGUUCUUAACAAUCACAUAACAUUUGCAACAUUCGCUACAGGUAUUAAAGAGGAUGGCCGUGGGACAAUGCAAAGCGGGAAAAUGGUCUCGUUAUCUUAAAUCCAAUAAUUAAUAUUUUAUUCCACGGGUUUUAAAACAAAAUGGAAAAUUAACACUCGGAGGCAAUCCAGCCCCCCUUGUGGCCCCGAAGGUGGUGGGAAAGAAAUCAAUUUUGGCUCACUUCGGCCAUAAAAAGGCCGGAGCUAUGCUCUCUGUGUCAGCUCUUGUCUCACCCAACGAACUUGCCGGAGCCUGACCCAGGCAGGACGCCGACCUCACCACGAGGUGACGAGGACACAUCGGACCAUCCCCGACUGCAGAGCAUCCUGCAAGCGCUCCGAGCUACCCUUUUUGGGGGCCUGAGCUCACCCCGGGGGGAUGGUAGCGGGCACAACGCGCCCAUUCCGAACGUCUUGCAAGCCGAGACACCCGGGCUCCGACCGACCUGCCUGGGAACUUUUUGGGCUCCUCUUUUAAUUUUUCUUCUUCCUUUCCACCAAAACAACCUGUUCCCGGUGUGGACUGGGCCGGCCGAACAAUCAGAAGCUUGACCUGCCUGCCUCAAACGUGUUCAAGACACGUAAAUCCAACAUUGCGGUCCAUGAAAAGUACAGAUUAGUGCAUAUUUGGGUUUAAAUUAACGAAAACAGGAAUCCCCAACUAUAUCCAUUCACUACACGCUCAUUCUACCAAUCUCACAUCACAAGUCAAUUUUCUUUGCCAAUGUUCGUCUGUACUUUGUUUGUUUUGUGUUUUUCUGUGUUGUUGUUGCUUUCCUAAAUUAAUUACAUUUUUAUUUAACCCGUAUAUGCUACAUGGUCAAUGCAUGGAAAUCUGAAAAAUAAAUUCAGUUAUUUA